AUGUUUGCUAAUUUCCAUUCAUCAGGUAAUUCGCCACAGCUUAACGACUUGUUGAAAAUUUGGGUGAGGGAAGGUGCAAUUUUCCACGCUGUUUCUUUUAGAAGUCGAGAUGGAAUUCCAUCAGGUUCAGUAGCAUUGGUGGUAUCUAGCGCUAAGAGUGUUCUUCCACCUCUUCUAUUGUUAGUUGGAGGUUACUGUCCUGACGUUGAAGGUGAAGAUGACGGUGGAGAGGGACGUUCAUCCAGGUUAUCAUGA